GAGUUGUUUAAACCACCCACUGGUCUCUCAACUGCUCUUUAGUCUGAGUCGAUAGUGAGUUGGGAACACCAUGAAGCCAAGAUCAGGCUGCCAGGAUGUGACUGAGCUUCCACGUUUUACCUUCAACCCAAAGGAAGGGAUCGAUAAUCCAGCUCUGGUCAUCACUGAUGAUUUUGAAUCAGAACAAAAUCCUCUGCCCAAACUGUACCACUUGAGGCGUGUGGAGGGGCAGAAUUUUGGCUUCUACUUGCAGAGUGUCACAGAAAAGCAAGGCUUAGAGAUCACAGAUGUUGACCCAUGGAGCCCAGCUGAGCACAGUGGACUUAAAGCGGGCGACAGAGUGUUGGAGGUCAAUGAUGACUAUGUGGUCAACAUGAACUUCAUCAAGGUGGCAAGGAAGAUCCAGUCCUCUGGCUUACAUUUGUUUCUCCUGGUGUUGACAAAAGUUGACUAUGAGCAGGCAGUUUGUUCAGGUGUGGACCUAAAGAUGCUGGCUGCCAAGGAAGGCCCUUGUUCUCGGCCCAGACUGUGUCACAUCACCCGGCAUCAGGGCUGUGGCCUAGGCAUGACCCUGAUCUCAGCGGAAGGCCUAAAAGGACGCUGCAUACUGAGCGUAGAAACUGAUGGUCCAGCAGAGAAAGCUGGAGUCACCAGUGGGGACAGAUUGGUCUGGAUAAAUGGCAUCAUGACAUCCCACCUCACACACGAGUCCAUCAACAAAUCACUGAAGAAGAGUGCAGACUCUGUGACCGUGUUGGUCAUUGAUGGUGAAAGCGAGUCUUGCUAUAUCAGGAGGAAGAUGCCCAUCUUGCCUGUGCUGGCAGGCCACUGUAAUCUCCCACACUCGGCAAAGACAAUGCAUCUUGUUAAAGGACCUGAGGGAUAUGGUUUCCUGCUUAGGCAAGAGAAGAUUACAGAUAAACAACAAACAGUUCACGUGCUUCGGGAGGUGGACAAGGGGAGUCCGGCAGAAGAGGCGGGAAUGGAAGAUGGAGAUCUACUGCUUGCAGUCAACGGAGAACUAGUGGAGUUCUUGGAGCAUGAUGAUGUUGUCAAAAGGGUUCGAAAAAGUGGAGAGAGCGUCACCUUUACUACUGUGUCGAUACAAGGGAGAAGGCUCUUCAGACAGCUUGGCAUUUCACCGCUGUUCUUUCAUGGCGAAUUCAUACACCAGGAUGACUGUGUCCCAGGUCAGGCCGGAAUUCAAACAGUACAGCCGCAAAUGUUUGGUGAAGCCCUCUUGUGACAGCUCAAUGGAAAUGAAGGAAGCAAUCUAUCCGAAGCAGGACUUGAAUGUUCAAGGAGAUAUUGGCUCAAAAAUGAAUCAAUCUAUAUAAUAAAGAUUUUUGUUAUCCUCUAAAA